UAAAAUCCCCCCCAUAGGAACUCAAAAAUCUCUGCAACUCUCCUUUCAAUUUCCUUUUACCUCCAAACUAAGUUCAUUGAAUCGACUUGCCGAAAAUCUCUUUCGAGAUCGGAUUGGAGGGAAGAUACGCUUCUCCCCUCUGCCCCAUUAUCAGACAAAGUCGCCAACUUUCUCUCUCUUUCCCCAGUAUCCAAACAGCCCCUCCUAAACCCUACCCCAUUCUUCGUUUUCGGGGCUCUCUUCUUCCCUUCCACCACCACCACACAAUCCCAAUCCCAUCCCCUCGCCGCUCGCAGACGCGAAUCUCAGAUAACCUCCUCGUAUUUAUAAAAUACGCCCAUUUGGGUGCGUGCAAUUUUACUCUCCUCUUCACCCUUCUCCUCUCGCCCGGUUUCUUGAUCCCUCAUGCGGGCCUACAUUCAGCUCAAAUUCGAAUCUUGACGCUUCUCUUACCCCAGUUAACCCCCAUGGGCGUUUUUUUGUCUUCUGGGGAGGAAGAGCUAGCCAUGGCCAUCGCUUGCCCCCAUUUUAUCAGUUCAGAGCAGACGGCCAUGGAGGCGGCCCGGGUGGGUCCCCCUCCCUCCGUGCAGUCCCCGCCCCCCGUGACCCUCACCCAGGAGGACCUCAAGAAGAUCGCUGCUUACAAGGCCGUGGAGUUCGUCCGGUCGGGCAUGGUCAUUGGCCUCGGGACGGGGUCCACCGCCAAGCACGCGGUGGACCGCAUUGGGGAGCUCCUCCGGCUGGGCGAGCUCCACGACAUCGUCGGGAUCCCCACCUCGAAGAAGACCCACGAGCAGGCCCUCUCCCUGGGGAUCCCCCUUUCCGAUCUCGACUCCCACCCCACCCUCCAUUUGGCUAUCGAUGGUGCCGACGAGGUUGACCCGCACCUAAAUCUCGUGAAGGGCCGCGGCGGGUCUCUCCUCCGGGAGAAGAUGAUCGAGGCCGCAUGCGAGAAGUUCAUCGUGAUCGUGGAUGAGUCGAAGCGCGUGAAGCACCUGGGUGGGAGCGGGCUCGCGAUGCCCGUUGAGAUCGUGCCCUUCUGCUGGAAGAACACUGCAAAGAGGCUGCUCCAGCUGUUCAACGACUCGGGCUGCGACGCAAAGCUCAGAACUUGUGGUGAGAAAGCGGAGCCCUUUGUCACGGACAACGGGAAUUACAUCAUAGACUUGUUCUUUGAGAAGGAUAUUGGGGAUCUGCAGGCUGCAAGUGAUGCAAUUUUGCGAAUUCCGAGUGUGGUCGAGCACGGGAUGUUUCUCGAUAUGGCGACUACUCUGAUUGUGGCCGGGAAGAAAGGGGUAGAAGUGAUUAAUAAGGAGGUUUAGCCUCUAUAGCUAACAGUACUCUAGUAGUGAUGGUGGUUACUUGGGGCUGUUUAGGUGAAAUUGGUGGAUAAUUCUCAAAGGUAAUAAUUGAAAGGUGGGGUUUUGUUUUUCUAUCCUCGUUUUUAUUAGCAUCCUCGAUGAUAUAGACAUAUGGGGAGGGGGUCCUCGAUUUUGAUACCUUUCAACAGAAGGUUUAGGAAAUUUAAGGUGACAGCUGAUCGAUAAGGCUUCAUGUGUAUCGGCUGUCCUGUUCUCUUCUUUCUAAUAUGAAGAACGCAAUUUAUUUAGGAACUCAAGUGUUCAUCAUUCA